UCUCGAGGCCGGUGGCAGUAGUUGUAAUGGUGGAGGAUUGGGGCGGAGAUUUGAUUGACAGGUAAGUACAUACCUGGGUAUGUAAUGACCCAACAUAUCCUCAGGUCAGACGUCAAUGACAUAUGUACUGCCUGGCAUUUUACAACACAAGUUUACCAUCCUCGACUCGCUACGGCUGAACAACUAUUACAUUACAGACAAGUCAAUGAAUGAAAAGUAGAAAUCAGUUGGAUAUCGUCACUUAAACCAAGACUACAUGUAAACCCAAGGAGAAGAAUUUCACAGGAUUGUCAUUCCACAUGAUGUUUAGUUUCUGCACAGCUUGCAUUGGAAAUCAUUACAAUGAUAUCACAACUCCACCAAACUGAACCUCCAAUGAGAAUAAAAUAAAUGAUGUAGGCGUAGGUCCUGAUGUUGGACAGCACCAAUCAUCUUUACGAUCGGACUUGAGGACUCAUCUCUCAAUUAACUUUUGACAAUUCUUCACACAGAUCAUGUAAGCUGUUGCAUUAUAAACAGACAUGUUGCUUUGCUAGAAGUUAAGUGAAUUUUAAACAAACUUUCAUAGAUUAUAGAAAAUUUGAUUCAGAAUUAAACAGUUCAACUGACAAAUGAACUUUAGAUUUCGAUGGUUAAAAUGAGAUUUUUCUGAUUCAUGUUGGCUUAUUUGCUGAAAAAUGGAUUCCACUGUUUCUGAUAGUGUAAUUCCUGAUCAACAAUAGAUUCUAUCUGUCAUAGACAAAACACCUCCAACUGGCUAUGGAUGUGACGUCCAAGAUUUACAUCUCUCUAGAGGUAAUCAUCGGUGUGGCCGCGGUGGCUGGAAAUGGCCUCGUCCUGGUGGCCAUUAAAAGGACACCAAGUCUUCAAACUGUCACAAACUGCUUCAUAGCGAGUCUCGCCUUUGCCGAUUUACUCGUAGGAAUAAUGGUGGCACCUCUGACGGCACUGAGUUUCCAGGGAAUGCCACGAGAUUUCAUGGGAUGCGUUUUUAUCAACUCACUUGUUGUUAUGUUUACUCAAAUAUCUAUUUUUAAUCUUGUGGCCGUGGCGGCUGAAAGAUUUAUUGCUAUCAACAAUCCGUUUUUCUACCAGCGAAACAUGACCGUACGUGUGGCUCUCUACAUUGUGUUGAUAACAUGGGUGGCAGCCAUUUUGAUUGGACUGACACCUGUGUUUGGGUGGAACCUUGGUCCAACCCCGGGUAAUGUAUGUGCCUUUGUACUAGUUAUAGACAUGGCCUACAUGGUGUACUUCAAUUUCUUUGGAUUUGUGCUAACACCAUUGUUCAUCAUGUUUGUAUUGUAUUCCUAUAUAUUCUAUAUUGUCAGAAAACACAUGGCGAAAAUCGCGGCACUUGAAAUCGUUCAGGAGUCAGAAGGUCGACAAAAACAGAGACAAUUCAGGAAGGAAGUAAAAGCAGCCAAAUCGCUAGCUGUUGUGAUCGGUGUUUUCGUGAUCUGUUGGCUGCCAAUCCACAUUCUGAACUCAAUAACGCUACUCUGUAAAGAAUGUUCGUAUCCCAUGGAGCUUCUCCUGGCAGCCAUUUUGUUAAGUCAUGCCAACUCAACAGUGAAUCCAUUUUUGUAUGCAAUAGGUAACAGCAAAUAUCAGAUGGCAUUAAGAAAGAUGUUAUGUCAGAAAUGUAUGCCAAUUUCUAACAACAGCAGUGAUGAGUAUUAUACUGGAAACAAUCAUCCGAGUCGUAGCCAUAUGACCAAGUCGUCAACUGCUGGGAAACACAGAGGAACUGGUAAUGGUCACUCACCGGAGAGGAAGAUAUCGGCUAUUCCAGAAAAUGCACAGACACCAACACCAAGUAGUCAAAAUGAAAUUUUCUAUAUAAAGUAAUAAUUCUCAAAAAAAAACUUUUAUUUUUCUAUCUUAUAUACCAUCAUGAUAUCUAUCUUUUCAAAACUAGAAGAUGGUAAUUUUACAUGUAUAUAUAGAUAUUAUGUCUGGAUAUAAGGAAUCAUUACUUGAUUGUUGGGUUCAUCCCUGGCCUUAUAUCGUAAAGGUCAGAUCUAUAGUACCAUCAACCUCAGGGUUGUUGAGCAGUAUACCUAUGUGUGUCGAAAGCUUACCAAAAUACAUGAAUUUCUUCAUUUUCUAUAUUUUAAUUGGUGAACAUGUCUGUAAAAAUAUUAGAGUGAAGUAGAGAAAUAACAAAGGUUCAGUACCAGGUAAAUUUAUCUUCUGUGGAACCCAACAUCUAAUACAGGGUUUCUGUGCUACGUUUUUUGUACCUUAUAGAAAUUAAAUGUUAAUAUAAUCAUCCUGUAUCCCAGUAGAUGGGUGUGUAAAACAGCCUUUUUACUAAAACAGCCUUUUUACUCAAAAUAGGGGAAAGUGAAAAAGCAUUUGUUAGCGCUUUGAUGAACAAUUAAUAGACAUGGAUGGUUGGAUUAUUACCAUACGUUAACCCACGGCUUAUUAAGGACAUGGGCUUAUUACCAGACAUGGGCUUAUUACCAGACAUGGGCUUAUUUUACCUGACAUGGACUUAUCACCAGACAUAAGCUUAUUACCAGACAUGGGACUUAUUACCAGGCAUGGGCUUAUUACAGGACAUGGGCUUAUUUUACCUGACAUGGACUUAUCACCAGACAUAAGCUUAUUACCAGACAUGAUCUUAUUACCAGACAUGGGACUUAUUACCAGGCAUGGGCUUAUUACAGGACAUAAGCUUAUUACCGGACAUACGCUUUUUUACCAGACAUGCCAGGCUUAUUACAAGAUAAGUAAUGAGUUCCUAUAAAAACCUGAGGCAUGGAUGUUCCCAAGUUAAGGAUACAUUUCUAAUAUUACAAGCACUUUAAGAUUUAAAUUGAAAAUUGUUUUAAAUACACAGAGGGAUUUUAUAACAUAUCCAGGAUAUCAGAUGUAAAACAUUUAUUUUUGAAAUCAAUGUAAUAUAUUUAGCAUAAACUAGAAAUACUCAUUAUACCGUCCAGACAUUUCAAAAUAAAUUGCGGUGUUUUUAAUUUCCACACAUAUCAGAUUGAAUAUUUUAGUUUUUGAAGGCUGAUAAAUAUUUCCUGAUAUUUGUACACAUAAAUGAUUGUCUCCAUUGUCAAUGUUUAUGGAAUAACAAUAGGUUGUACCAUUUGUACAAAUUGCUUAAAUUAUUCCUAUUUUCUUAUUUCUUUAUUUGCUUUCACCAUGACAAUAAUUUGAGAAGUUCAAAAUGUAAUCAUUUGAUAAUGUUGAUUAAUAUGUAAGGAGAAAAAUCUCACCUUUAUGUAAAAUUUAUAUCACUGCUUACAAUAUUGACUUCUCAGAUUUGAAUAAAGUGAUAUAAAUAGUGUUGUUUUAUUCAGAUAGCUCCUCUCUACCUAGCUAUAGUAGUAUAGCCCCCUGUGUACAAAGGGAAAAGUUAAAGUUAGGAAACAAUUAAAAGGAAUCUCACAUCACCCUUAAAUCCUGAUAUCUUAGUUCUACCUCCGGGCUAAAAAGACAUGAAACCCUUGAACAUUAUUUUAAUGAUAUAUUAUUUUCAUACUUUACAUAAGGUGUGUGUCAUGUGACAUGUGUGUCAUGUGACAUGUGUUAUAUGUGUGACGUGUGUUUUGUGUCAUGUGACGUGUGACGAAUUUGUGAUGUGACAUGAUUUGUGUGACACAUGUGUCGUGUAAACAUGUGUGGCGCUGCCUAGCCAAUAUCAGUGAUACUGAUGAAUAUGACAUCAUGAUUUACAUGACAUUAACCUAUUGUGAUACCAUUCCUAUCAGAUUAUAUUUGUAUAUCUUUAUUUGUUGUUUCAUCAAUGAAUGGAUUUAUGAAAUGUUCAUACUGGCAAGAUUUUCAUUUUUGAUCCCAGUGCUGCAGCUGUUGUACAGUAUAACAAUGAUAAUGUAUUGCUUACAUCACAGCCAACACCCAUUGUCACUUCAAAAGGAUUACAUGUAUUUUGUUUAAAAAAUGAAAUAAACUUGAUCAUUGAUAUCUUU